ACCGGGCAGUCAGUCUGCAUUCGUUGUGCUGUCAGUUCGGUUCGGGCCCAGAGGCGUCUUUGCGAGUGGAGUCUGCCUAAGCGUCGGUUUGAAGUUUCAGUAGAAAGUGCUCGUUGGCAUAAUUGUGUGAAAUGAGUACUUCCUUACGUUUGAUUCAGCAUUACGAUUUUGUAGUGGCGUCUGCGCGCUGGUUUUGACGGGAGCUGAGUUAAGCGCCGCGUCCCGUUCGUUGACUCUUUUUGCUGGGCCGGCUGUGCCCCUAAAGAAAUGCUGGCCCGUCUGGAAAAGUGAAAAUUUGUGAUUGACGUUUUGGAUACGACUCUUGUGCUUGGAUUAACUCUGCAUCUCUAAUUUGGACGGAUUUGAUACAAGGGCCGACCGGGACCGCUGCUUCCAACGGGUGUCUGCCGGGGAGCAACGACUGACGUGGUAGGUGAAGACGGUGGAUGGAGCGAGUGUGGUGCGACUGAGCGACCAAACCAUCCAAGAUGGCAGACACAAGUCAGGCUGAGCAGCCACCCCAGACCAAUGGCUUCGCCGACGACGGCCUGGACGAGGAGGACAGGGAGAAGAUUCGGCCAGCAGACAUCGACGCGGACGUGCGGGAGAUGGAGCGGCGGAAGCGCGUCGAGAUGAUCAUGAACAGCCGCCUGUUUCGCGAGGAGCUGGAGCGCAUCUUCGACACGCAGAUGAAGGAGGGUGGCGCGGGUCCGGGAGGCCUCCUGCAGCAGCUCUCGGACAUGAUGGGGCACGGCGGGCCCAAGGGCAACAACAUGUUCAGGAGUUCAAGCUGUGUCAUUCCUAUCAAUGACAUUCGUGGUUUGGAAUCAAUGGGGUACUCGAAAGGUGAAAAGGUUUUACGAUGCAAAUUGGCUGCUGUGUAUAGACUUAUGGACCUCUAUGGAUGGACUCAGGGAAUCCACAAUCACAUCACUGCCAGAUUAAAUCAAGAUGAGGAGCACUUCCUGGUAAAUCCAUGGGGCAUGUUGUACCACGAAAUCACUGCCAGCAGUUUGGCUAAAGUUGAUAUGCAAGGCAACAUUGUAGAAAAGGGAACAACCAAUUAUGGUGUUAAUAAAGAUAGCUUUCAGCUCCAUUCUGCCAUUCAUGCAGCCCGUCCAGAUAUAAAAUGCAUCAUUCAUAUACAUGUUAAUUCUGUUCUUGCUGUGUCAUCGCUCAAAUGUGGUCUGCUUCCCCUAUGCCAAGAAUCUUGUGUGGUAGGUGAGGUCAGCUCUCAUCAGUACCAAGGAGGUCUUUUUGAACCUGAAGAACGUGAUAAGAUCUCUCGAAACCUUGGCCCCAACAACAAAGUUAUGUUUCUGACAAACCAUGGUGCUAUGUGUUGUGGCGAGACAGUUGAAGAAGCAUUUUUCAAUGUUUACAACACAGUUCAGGCUUGCGAAUCACAAAUAAAGUUGAUGCCCAUGGGUGUUGAAAACUUGGUUCUAUUAACUGACGAAACGAGAAAGCGAGUCUAUGAUGCAGCACGCCGCCCUCCUGAUGGAUUUGCACUGGAUAAGUCAGAUAAAGAAAAAGACAAGGAAGUCACAUCUCCCACCAUUGCUGCCAAAGGCAAAAGAUGGGGUGUGGGUUGUACUGAAUUUGAGGCUCUAAUGCGAAUGCUUGACAAUGCUGGUUUCCGAACUGGUUACAUAUACAGACAUCCCCUCAUUAAAGGAGAUCCUCCAAGACCACGAAAUGAUGUCGAAGUACCCCCAGCUGUGUCUUCUCUCGGUUAUCUUCUUGAGGAAGAGGAGAUGUAUAGACAAGGUGGCUGGAAGAAAUGGAUGGAAGGCCGUAAAACUCAUGACCGCACGAGGUGGCUCAACUCGCCUAAUGUUUAUCAGAAGGUUGAAAUCCUCGAAACAGGGACACCGGAUCCUAAGAAAAUAACCAAGUGGGUGGACUCAAAUGCCGACGAGUGGGUCGCCGAUGGGUCUCCCACCCACAGCAGUACGCCAGUCAAGAUUGACACUCUGCAGUUUGUCCCCAAAAACACCAACACUAAGGAGUUUAAACGACUUCAGCAGCAGAUCAAAGAGAACCGUCGAGCUGACAAGAUUACAUCUGGUCCUCAGUCACACAUUCUUGAAGGUGUGUCAUGGGAAGAGGCAAAGAAACUGCAGGAUGCCAACAUUUCUCAGACAGGAGAUCAGGUAAUACUUGUUGGUGCUGCAUCAAAGGGCAUCAUUCAGCGAGGUUUCCAACACAAUGCCAUGGUUUAUAAAACACCUUAUGCAAAGAAUCCAUUUGAUACUGUCACUGAUGAUGAGUUAGAGGAGUACAAGAAAACAGUUACAAGAAAAGUUAGAGGGGAUGGAUAUGAUGAGGAUCAGUCGGAGUCUGAGGCAUUAUCUUCAUCAGCAGCUGGUCGUCCUCCAACUGGAAAGUCACCCACAUCUCCAAUUAGUGAUGAUGAAAGCAGAGAUGAAUGUCGCGUGUUACGGAUAGAAUCUAAACAAGCACCAAGACCAAUCCAUGCAGAAGUUGUCCUCAGUGAUGACUCUGAUUACCCCGAUGCUCAUGUGGAAAGAUCCAAAUCAGCGCGCUUCCCUCUGAAAGCAACUCCUGACCUUGUAAUCGCUCCUGGAGGCUUUGCCCGUUCAUGGUCUCUUGGACGGAACAAACGACAAAGCAGAGAUUGUAGCAGUAAGAAACUACAACAUACCAGUGACUGCAAUAGAUGCCCCCUAACGAAAAGUCUACCAGCUGUCUCCCGUCCUCAUUUUCACCAUGCUGCCUAUUUAAAUCUCCCCUGUACCCAGUCCACUAAGACAGUGUCUUCAUCAUCUCCCUGUUCAAUUACACGCUUCAGCCAAGUCAAUAAGCCAGCACAUCAAAACCAGGCUGUUUCAGAUUUUGUAUCAAUAAUGACUGCUCCCAAAAGACUGAGCAAUUCUGGAACAAUACAUAAAGAAAUGAUGUAUGAUGGUAGUGAUGGUGAUGAUGGAGACAGCUUAGCUGAUGUAUCAUCACUGCCAUACUCAGAUGUUGGAUGUCUGGAUGAAAACCACAAUGUGACUAUCGAGGAAACAUGCAUCAAGUCUGUGAAGGUCGAACUGAAAAGCAUCAAUAACAUGUAUGCUACUUUAGAAACCUCUUUCAGUGACGUAGAUAUUAAAAACUCUGAAGUUCUUCCUGCUGAUAAAGAUUGCACUGACAGUGAAGAGAGCCAUACUCCGCUUGAAACAUGUGAUACCACUGUCAUUGUUCCGAACCUUGCUUCUAAUGGUCUUGGUGUAGAAGAUCCCCAUGUUGAAGUGGACAUUGAAAAUGAAAAGUUACAACUUGGAGCUAGCUAUGAAAACAAUAUUUCCUCUGAAAGAAGUGAUUCAUCUAAUAUGUCCAGCCAAAAUCUUAAAGAAGUUGCAAACCCUGACCAACAUAAUGAACCACUUCUAUUUCAUGUAGAUGAAGCUGGGGAUAAUCCAGAUGCCUGCUCUGAAAAAUUAUCAGUUCAUGACUUAAAUCCCAGAUCUAGUAGUCAUUCAAGCAAUGAUAAUGCGGAACUUGAGGACAAACAUGAUGACACUAUUUUAGUUAGUUGUAAAAUGAGUGAAUCCCUUGAAGCUUCCCUAUCUAGUAAUGAAAAUAGUGAAGUAAACUUCCAAGAAGAUGAGCCUGUGUGUGGUUUUCCUUAUCUGGAAAGUCUAAAUGCUGAAUCUAAGACUACCCUCUGUAUUGGAGAAAAUGAGAUGGUUGACUUAUAUUCAAUAGUUUCAUUGAAUCAUGGAGACACCAGUAUUUCCGAUGAUGGCAAAAUAGUAGAAGAAGUUGUUGCUACUCGGAGUGAAUCUAUUGGUGGACUUAAUGAGUGGGACUUGCACCAAGAAUCUGAAACUGAAAAGACACCUCCCGAUUCACUAUAUAUGUAUGAUGUGAGCCGUGGUAAUUUAGAAAUAGAAGACCUACUUCAUUCUUCAGAUUCAGAGGAUGAUGCUAGUUCAUGUGAAGACAUUCCAAAUUUUCAUGAUAUAAGCCGUGGAAAUUUUGAAGUGGCAGAAAUUAUUUGCUCUCUAAGCUCUCCUAGACCUUCCAGUAAAACCCUUUCACAGACGUCAUUCAGUAUCAGCUCAGACAUUGAAACUCAAACUAGUGAACAUGAUUAUGGAAAUGAGAACCAAUCCAUACCUAAUGGAGCAGGGGAAAUACUUUAUGACCCAUCUGAAACAUGCUCUGACGAAUUUUUUUCUCCAUUGUCAACAUUUUCUAAUGUUGCCUUCACCACAGAUUCAGGAGAAGAAUAUUAUUCUUUGUACCCCCCAGUUUCUACCGAACAUCUGGGUCCUGCUGAUGAUGACUUGUCAACCAUUGAUGGGAAUGAUAUUGAAAUUGACUGUGAUCCCUUUUCACGUAGUUCUUCCUUGCCAAAUAACCCCACUAUUGAAGAGCGUGAUAUUCCUAAGAACGAUUCUGAAGGUGUAGCAAGGAAUGUAAUCACAGCUGCGUUUGAUGAUUUUUGCACAAGUGGAGGAAACACACUUGAUGAAUUUGAGGAUUGCUGGCCGAGUUUCGUGUCAUGUGAUGAUGAGAUUAUGGUGUCUUCUGAUGUGCUUGAUAAGCAUGAAAUAAAUGUGCAGAGUGACCUUGAUGACGAUGAAAGAACAAUAUGUGUAGAACAUUCUGAUUCAACAUUGCGAUCUGCUGGCAAAAGAAGACUAUCAUUUUCUAAGUUUUCCAUUUCUACACCUGACGUUGACUGUGCUGGAAGAUUUCAGUCUUCUCCUCUAGAGCUUGGCAGACUUUUUACUCUGAAAAAGUUCAAGAGUUACUCUGAAUCUAGGCUGAACAAUUGCCCUCAUUAUUCUCCCAAGUGAUACAAUCUGCUUCCAAUUUGCUUUGUUUUUUUGUUGUCUUGCUUUGUAAUGCCCCCUUCCCAUUGACUGAGAUGCUUGUAUAUCUAUCCAUCCACCCAUAUUUUAAAGCCAUAUUUUUCUCUUUUAUAAAUGAACAACCAAUUUUAGAUGAUACAAUUUAUCUAAAAGGAGGCUCUAACAAAAACUAAAAAAAUUGUGAAGAGGCACACCAACCUGGAAAACCAGCUUAAUUAUGAACACAACUACAAAAUCGUUUAAGGUUGCCCAAGUGCUAUGCAGCACUAAGGUUUACUUAUCUAAGAAAACCAGUAGCUCCUGAUUUUACUUUUAUCUGUAUUCACAAUUUUCUUAUGUUUUUUUAGUAUAGCCUCCCCAUUAAAUCAGAAUACCUUGGUAUUUCUAGUAUGAAAUCCUCCUGUAUCUUGUAUUCUUAUCGUACUAUCAAACGUUUUUAAGUUAUUUCUAUUCACUGGACUGUAGAUUGGUAUGUUACUUUAUAUACCUGUUCAAUUCAGUACUUUGUACAUUUUAUGAAGUAUGGGUUAUGGCUUCUCUCUUUCAAAAGUUGUUGAUUCUGACUCAUUAUAAAUAUUUUUCAAGAUACUUUUAAUAACACAAUCUUGCAUUGCAUUCUGUUUUAAAUUUUUAACUGUUUUCAAAUUUUAUACUAGUUUGGAAUCAAUCCUAAAGUGACUGACCUGUGCAACCUCUUCUCUGUAUACUGUUUGUGUUUUUGGUUUUGGUGUUUUGUUGCUUUGAAGCUAGGUUUGUUGUUUCCUUUGUGUUUGAAAUGUAUAAAUAUCUCACAUUUUGCAUUACAACUCUUUUAAUUAGUCUAGUUUAGAAGCACAUUGCUUUCUAUUAUUGUUCCUUUCAAAGUUCAUUCAUUGUGAUUACUUCUUUAUCUGAGUCACUUGACUUGGCUCCUUCAAUUGUGUGGAUAUUUAUGAUAAAUCCUCAUUGCAGUAAAA